ACCUAGUAGAUGUACUAUGCUAUACCUGCGGGGUUUCACGGCAUUCCAGAGCUUAGCCCAUCUCAACCUUGCAUUCUUUGACGGUCCCGUCCCAAUGCUUAUUACUUAAACCUGCAUGUAAUGGGUAAAGUACGCACCUUAUUGCCACCCCUCGGUUCGAUGUCGGACACGAGACACGACGAAAGCCGGAGACAAUUCCUGGACUACUGGGGUUAGCUAUGGAGGUCACUACGUCAGAGUGGUUAAGCCUUUGUUAGACACCGGCAAGGCAAGGCAAGGUGAGAAGGAUCGUGGGUAAGGAUCGUGGUAAAAUGUGAGCAUUGAACAUUGAACUUAACCAACUACUGGGUUAGGUACUAAUACCUAUAGGUAUAUAGGUAUAUAUUACAUUAGUAUAUAUAGGUGUAGAUCACUCCUUUCUCUUUCCUUUCUUCACUUCCUUUUCUCUCCCUCCCUCCCCUUCUUCCCUCCCUAUCGAGAGAUUGGAAAGAGAAAACCUCGAUCAUCCUUGUCGCCGACAAGAUUCGAGACAGAGACACUUUGCGCAAAGUAUGCUUAUGUGAAGAAGGGCCAAGACAAGAUGGAGAGACUUCCCGGCUUCAAUGUCGCCAACUUCCUCGAGAAGCGCCAGCUUCUCAUCGCGGUCAAUUGCAUCGCUGCGCUGUCCAUCUUCUUCUUCGGCUACGACCAAGGCAUGAUGGGCGGCGUCAACAACGCCAAGGACUACAUCGACCUGAUGGGCUUCGGCCACGUCGACCCCGUCACCGAGGAGCCCAUCAUCACCGACAGCCUGCUGCAGGGCGGCAUCGUCUCCGUGUACUACCUCGGCACCCUGUUUGGCUGCCUCGGCGGCGGCUGGAUCGGCGACAAGAUCGGCAGGAUCAAGACCAUCGCGCUCGGAGCGGUGUGGGCUAUCAUCGGCGCGAGUCUGCAGUGCUCGGCUAUGAACCACAACUGGAUGAUUUGCGCGCGCGCUGUUAAUGGUAUCGGGACUGGGAUUCUUAAUGCGAUUGUUCCCGUGUGGGCAACGGAAACCGCAGAGCACACCUCCCGCGGGCAAUUCAUCGCGAUAGAGUUCACGCUGAACAUCUUCGGCGUUGUCGUCGCCUACUGGCUCGAGUUCGGCUUGUCCUUCAUCGACAACGGCAACUCGCCCAUCCGUUGGCGCUUUCCCAUCGCGUUUCAGAUAAUUCCGCUGCUCGUGCUCCUCGCCGCCGUCUGGUUCUUCCCCGAGUCCCCCCGCUGGCUCGUCAAGGAGGGCCGCGUCGAGGAGGCCCGCUUCAUUCUCCACCGCCUGCGCGGGUCCACCGGCGAGGACCGCGAGAGGGCCGAGGCGGAGCUGAGUGAUAUCAGCAACAUUGUCAAGCUCGAGACGAAUGAGAGCAAGGGGAACUCGUACGUCGACAUGCUGUUUGGCAUCGGUUCUGGAGAGCUGCACACGGGCCGCCGCGUGCAGCUGGUUAUUUGGCUGCAGAUUAUCCAGGAGUGGGUAGGGAUUGCGGGAGUUACGAUUUACGCGCCUACGAUCUUCCGCAUUGCUGGGUUCGAUACGUUUAAGAGCCAGUGGAUCAGUGGUUUGAACAACAUCUUCUACAUGUUCGCGACCCUCAUCUGCGUCUUCACCCUCGACCGCAUCGGUCGCCGAUGGACACUCUACUGGGGCGCUUUCGGCCAAGGCGUCGCCAUGUUCCUCGCCGGAGCCUUUUCCCAGCUGGGCCAAGAAGCAACUGCCAACGGCGAAAUCAGCAAGGCCAAUUCCUACGGAGCGGCGGCGGCUUCCUUCGUCUUCAUCUUCACCUCCGUGUUCGGCGCGACGUGGUUGACGGUGCCGUGGCUGUAUCCCGCCGAGAUAUUCCCGCUUCAGGUCCGCGCUAAAGGUAAUGCUUGGGGUGUUGUGGGGUGGUCUAUUGGCAAUGCGUGGUUGAGUCUUUUGUGCCCUAUUAUGUUCCAAAACAUCGGAUCCGCAACCCUCCACAUCUUCGGCGCGUGCAACAUCCUCGCCAUCCCCAUCGUCUGGGCGCUUUACCCGGAAACCGCCCGCCGCACGCUGGAGGAGAUGGAUCUCCUGUUCGCGGCGCCCACGCCCUGGGUCUGGGACGCCGAGAAGACGUUCGAGAGGCUGAAGGCCGAGAAGCCGGAGCUCGUGCAAGCUGCCGCUAGAGGCGAGGCAGUUGUCGAUCCCGAGGCUGGCGUCCUGACGCACCCUGUGGCGCAUAAGGCGGGGGAUGUGCACCAUACGGAGGAGAGCGAGGGGAAUGCAUCCCAGUGAUUACCUAGGCAGGUUGACUGUCUAACUCCCAGGUAUAUUAUUAUUAGGCACCACGGGACCUUUUUUUUUGGAUAUAUUAGCGUCAGCAUGGGGGUAAAAAUAGGGAUGUUGGCGUUAACUCGAGUUUUAACCCCCUUUUUUAUUAUUCGAGAUCGACGAGGAUCUAAGAUACCAUUUAUGUAGAGCGACGUUCGGAUAGAUACCUAGUAGAUGUGGAGGUUUGUUAUAUGGAGGAUAAGAAGAAGAAGAAGAAACAUUGAUACCUAGGUGAACGUCGUUCACCUCUACCUAGAUAUAUAUCUAAUAUAGCCUAAAUCUGAUUGAAUAGUUACAGCGA